GCAUGCAUUCAAUGCACCAAACCUCCCAUUCUCCUCCAUCUACACCAGCUGGUAUGCCCUAUAAAUACAAACCCUCUCAUCUCCCAAGUAUCAAUCACUUCUCUCACUUUCUCUUCUAUUCAAUUCAUCCCCACCGCCGUUCCUUUCUUCUUCAUAUUCUUUCCAAACUACAGCCCAGGCAAAUUCUUCAUCUUAAUUUCGAGCUUGCUAGCUACCCAGCUAUGGCUUUUUCCAAGACUUUAAUCCUCAUCAAUGCUCUGCUCCUCCUCUCUCUUCUUGUUGCUGCAGCUCCUGACCUCCAUAAUCUUACGAAUAGCAACAAUCCUACAGACUCUUCUCUGGUGGGACCUAGCAUAGAUUGCGGGGCGGCAUGCGCUGCCAGGUGCCGGUUAUCGUCGAGGCCGAAUCUGUGCAAGAGAGCCUGCGGAACUUGCUGCACCCGUUGCAACUGCGUCCCUCCCGGUACUUCGGGUAACCUCGACACCUGUCCCUGCUACGCCAACAUGAAAACUCACGGCAACAAGCGCAAAUGCCCUUAGAUGUCACUCCCAUUUCACCUCGUCACUGCCGAACUGAUAAAAUAUCACGGCGCCGCCGCCGGCCCGUGCCUUUGCUUUCUACCGUGUACUGUACCCAGCUGGAUAUUUAGUUUUGAGAAAUGGCUUACAAAUAAAUUUUUCAUUGUUGUUUAUUUUAAUCGUUUUUUUUUUUUUUUGUAAUUUCAGUAUAUGAAAAUAUAUAUUUCUUUACUUAGUAUUAAAGUCCAUGUUGAGAA